CAUACAUACGUAAAUGCGUGGCAUUUUCUAUUUUUUUUCCUCUCUUAUUUUUUUUAAACCGCUAACGCUAAGAAAACAAAACGACAGUGUAUUAAAGCGGCGAUGUGCAGAAGAAAUCUGUGCAAACCUUUGUUUUCUCUCAGAUUUCAGACAAUUUGGUGUUUGAGUCGUUGAUCCUGGGUAAUUGAUGUUGGGGUCACCGGUGUCCUUCCGAUUAUGUUCUUCCUUCGUCAAAUUUUAUGGUUAUUGGAUCUCAUACAUCUUAAGCUUCUCAGUCUUCGUGAACUUUUUGCCGAAGUUCUGGAGUUCAUUCUAUUGUAAAACCGUAAGAAGGACCAAGAUAUCCGCUUGGGUCGUUACAGAAUUUAGGGAAGAACAGGGUCGACAAGGAAUCUGAGAUCUUUUGUAUUUUUAUUCCAUGGAACUAUUGCCAGAUCAAUUGAUUUGGGAAAUUCUGCGAAGGAUUAAGAAAACCCAAGAUCGAAAUUCUGCUUCUCUUGCAUGUAAACGCCUCUAUGAGUUGGAAAGAGAGCAGAGGGAGUUUCUCAGGGUUGGGUGUGGCUUGAACCCUGCUAACUCUGCCCUAACUUCCCUCUGUAACCGCUUUAAGAACCUGGCUAAAAUUGAGAUUGUCUAUUCCGGUUGGAUGUCUAAACUUGGGAAGCAACUAGAUGAUCAGGGCCUCUUGAUUCUCUCUCAACUAUGCCCUGCCCUCACUGACCUCACCCUUGGCUUCUGUACCUUCAUCACUGAUGUGGGUGUGGGCCAUUUGGCUUCCUGUACAAACCUUAGUACUCUGAAGUUCAAUUUCACGCCUCGGAUCAGUGGUUGUGGGAUCCUGUCACUGGUUGUGGGAUGUAAGAGUCUCUCCUCCCUCCAUUUGAUCAGGUGCAUCAAUGUUAGCAGUGUUGAGUGGCUUGAGUAUCUCGGCAAGCUCGAGACGCUGCAGGAACUCUCGAUCAAGAACUGUAGGGCAAUCGGAGAAUGGGAUCUUGCAAAGUUGGGUUUUGGUUGGAGAAGGCUGAGAAGCUUGCAGUUUGAGGUGGAUGCUAAUUACAGGUAUAUGAAGGUUCAGGAUCGAUUGGCAUUCGAUCGGUGGCAGAGGUUGUCUGUUCCCUGCGAAUCAAUGGUGGAGCUCAGUUUGGUGAAUUGCCUCAUUACGCCUGGUGGAGGCCUUGCCUGCGUCUUGGGGAAGUGCAGGGCUCUGGAAAGACUUCAGCUGGACAUGUGUGUUGGUAUCAGAGAUAGUGAUUUGAUGAAUUUAGCACGGGAAUCCGUUAACCUGAGGUCGAUUUCUCUUCGUGUUCCGUCUGAUUUCUCGCUUCCAAUUUCCAUGGCUGAUCCAUCGAGAUUGACUGAUGAAAGCCUGAAGGCCAUUGCUAACAACUGUUCCAAGCUUGAAACAUUCAAGAUAUCAUUCUCUGAUGGGGAGUUUCCUUCCUUCUCGUCGUUCACUUUGAAUGGGAUGCUAUUGGUGAUUCAUAGGUGCCCAAUUCGCGUGCUUGCACUUGACCAUGUUUAUUCUUUCACGGAUUCCGGAAUGGAAGCUCUAUGCGACGCCAACUUCUUGGAAACUCUGGAGCUGACAAAAUGCCAGGAGGUGACUGAUGAAGGACUGCAGCUUGUUCAGCAUUUCCCUUGCUUGAGAAACCUGAAGAUCUCCAAGUGCUUAGGGGUAACAGAUGCAGGAUUAAAACCCCUGGUUGGUAUACCAAAAUUGGACUCUUUGACGAUUGAAGAUUGUCCACAGAUAGGCGAAAAAUGUGCUCAUGGUAUUGCAAAGAAUCUGCUCUACAGGCAAGACUUGUCUUGGAUGUUCUGAAACUCGCAACCUUGGCUAACCUGCUCAUGCGGACCAACUAAAUUGUGCAAGGGCUCUAAAGUUGGAAGCACUCUGAUGUCAGGAUCUUCAAUCUCUGGAUACCUUCACUACUCGGAUGUUGUUAAUGAGUUCGGAUUUUACGCCCUUUUAUUGUUCAUGCCACUCCAUCAGUAAACUUAGCAAUCCUGUAGUUAUAUAUCGGCAAAGCCUUCUAGGCACCACUGUACAUUGCAUGAGUUUGAAUAGUAAUGCUUUUCUGUAAA